GCUGCCGCAGGAGCCGCCUCACAGCGAUGGCGGCCGUGCAGGGCCGGCGGCGGUGGCGCCUGCGGCCGGCGACGGCAGCGGAGGAGGUAGUGAUGGGUGGCGGGGGCCUGUGACCAGGAAGUCGCCCCUGGGCCCAGGCACCAUGAGCCAAGGCCCCUCUGCAGGGGAGAGCAGCGAGCCCGAAGCAAAGGUCCUCCACACGAAGCGGCUUUACCGGGCUGUGGUGGAGGCUGUGCAUCGACUUGACCUCAUCCUUUGCAACAAAACUGCUUAUCAAGAAGUGUUCAAACCAGAGAACAUUAGCCUGAGGAACAAGCUGCGUGAGCUCUGUGUUAAGCUCAUGUUCCUGCAUCCAGUCGACUAUGGGAGGAAGGCUGAAGAACUACUAUGGAGAAAGGUAUACUAUGAAGUUAUUCAACUUAUCAAGACUAAUAAAAAGCACAUCCACAGCAGGAGCACAUUGGAAUGUGCCUACAGGACACAUCUGGUCGCUGGUAUUGGCUUCUACCAGCAUCUUCUUCUUUAUAUCCAGUCCCACUAUCAACUUGAACUGCAGUGCUGCAUUGACUGGACUCAUGUCACUGAUCCCCUCAUAGGAUGUAAGAAGCCAGUAUCUGCCUCAGGAAAGGAAAUGGAUUGGGCACAGAUGGCAUGCCACAGAUGUCUGGUGUACCUUGGGGAUUUGUCACGCUAUCAGAAUGAAUUGGCCGGAGUAGACACUGAGCUUCUAGCUGAGAGAUUUUACUACCAAGCCCUUUCAGUAGCUCCCCAGAUUGGAAUGCCCUUCAACCAACUGGGCACCCUUGCAGGGAGCAAGUAUUAUAACGUGGAAGCCAUGUAUUGCUACCUGCGAUGCAUCCAGUCAGAAGUGUCUUUUGAGGGAGCUUAUGGGAACCUUAAGAGGCUAUAUGAUAAGGCAGCCAAAAUGUACCACCAGCUGAAGAAGUGUGAGACUCGGAAACUGUCUCCCAGCAAAAAGCGAUGUAAAGACAUUAAAAGGUUGCUGGUGAACUUUAUGUACCUGCAGAGCCUCUUGCAGCCCAAAAGCAGCUCCAUGGACUCAGAGCUGACCUCACUUUGCCAAUCUGUCCUGGAGGAUUUCAAUCUCUGUCUCUUCUACCUGCCCUCUUCACCCAACCUCAGCCUGGCCAGCGAGGAUGAGGAGGAGUACGAGAGUGGAUAUGCUUUCCUUCCGGACCUGCUCAUCUUUCAGAUGGUCAUCAUUUGCCUUAUGGGUGUACAUAGCUUAAAGAGAACAGGAUCUAAGCAGUACAGUGCUGCCAUCGCUUUCACCCUGGCCCUCUUCUCCCAUCUUGUCAAUCAUGUCAACAUACGCCUGCAAGCUGAGCUAGAAGAGGGCGAGAACCCUGUCCCAGCAUUCCAGAGUGAUGGCACAGAUGAACCAGAUUCUAAGGAACCAGUGGAGAAAGAGGAAGAACUGGAUCCUGAGCCUCCUCCCACAGCCCAAGUGGGUGAGGGCCGAAAGAGCCGUAAAUUUUCCCGACUGUCCUGCCUCCGUCGCCGCCGCCACCACCCACCCAAAGCUGGUGAUGACAGUGACCUGAGUGAAGGCUUUGAAUCAGACUCAAGCCAUGACUCAGCCAGGGCCAGUGAGGGCUCAGAUAGUGGCUCUGACAAGAGUCUGGAAGGGAGGGGCACAGCUUUUGAUGCAGAGACAGACUCAGAAAUGAACAGUCAGGAGUCUCGAUCAGACCUAGAAGAUAUGGAUGAUGAGGAUGGGACACAGUCCCCAGCCCUGGAGCCCCCUCGGGCCAAAUCUGAGGCUUCUGAUUCCCUCAAUGGCCCUCUGGGUCCCAGUGAAGCUAGCAUUGCCAGCAAUCUGCAAGCCAUGUCCACCCAGAUGUUCCAGACCAAGCGCUGCUUCCGACUGGCUCCUACCUUUAGCAACCUGCUCCUUCAGCCCACCACCGAACCUCACAAUUUGGCUGGCUGUAGACCCUGUGUCAAUGGAGAUGUGGACAAACCCUCAGAACCAGUUCUUUCUCCUAUCUCCACCCCAGCCUCUGAGGAGGGCUCUGAGUCAGAAGGGAGUGAGUCCAGUGGACGUUCCUGUCGCAAUGAACGCAGUCUCCAGGAGAAACUGCAGGUCCUGAUGGCUGAGGGUCUGCUUCCUGCUGUGAAAGUCUUCCUGGACUGGCUGAGGACUAACCCUGACCUCAUCGUUGUGUGUGCACAGAGCUCUCAAAGUUUGUGGAAUCGCCUGUCUGUCUUGCUGAAUCUGUUGCCAGCUGCUGGUGAACUUCAGGAGUCUGGCUUGGUCUUAUGUCGGGAGGUCCAGGAUCUUCUUGAAAGUUGUGAACUGCCUGAACUGCCUGCUAGCCUCCUGCUCCCAGAGGACAUGGCACUUCGCAACCUGCCUCCUCUCCGGGCUGCUCAUAGACGCUUCAACUUUGACACGGAUCGACCCCUGCUCAGCGCCUUAGAGGAGACCAUGGUACGAAUCUGCUGCAUCCGCAGCUUUGGUCACUUUGUUGCCCGCCUACAAGGCAGCAUCCUGCAGUUUAACCCAGAAGUUGGCAUCUUCGUCAGCAUUGCCCAGUCUGAACAGGAGAGUCUUCUACAACAAGCCCAGGCCCAGUUCCGCAUGGCACAAGAGGAAGCUCGCCGGAAUAGACUCAUGAGAGACAUGGCUCAGCUACGACUACAGCUCGAGGUCUCCCAGCUGGAGGGAAGCCUGCAGCAGCCCAAGGCCCAGUCAGCUAUGUCUCCCUACCUCGUCCCUGAUACCCCAGCCCUUUGCCACCAUCUCCCUGUCAUCCGCCAGCUGGCCUCUAGUGGCCGCUUCAUUGUCAUCAUCCCAAGGACAGUGAUUGAUGGCCUGGAUUUGCUGAAAAAGGAACACCCAGGGGCCCGGGAUGGGAUCCGGUACCUGGAAGCAGAGUUCAAGAAAGGAAACAGGUACAUUCGCUGCCAGAAAGAGGUGGGAAAGAGCUUUGAGCGGCAUAAGCUGAAGAGGCAGGACACAGAUGCCUGGACACUCUAUAAAAUCCUGGAUAGCUGCAAACAGCUAACUCUGGCACAGGGAACAGGAGAGGAGGACCCAAGUGGCAUGGUGACCAUCAUCACAGGUCUUCUACUGGACAACCCCCGUGCAUUGUCUGGGCCUAUGCAGGCAGCCCUGCAGGCCGCUGCCCAUGCCAGCGUAGACGUCAAGAAUGUUCUGGAUUUCUACAAGCAGUGGAAGGAGAUUGGUUGAGACUGACCCCAAAGCCCUGUAGUGGGGCUGACUCCAGAUCUCUCCUGCUCUCCCUGGCAGCCAGGAACACCACCUGUAGUCACCCCACCACACGAGGACUCCCACGCACACAGGAAGGAAGCCCAGCUGCACAGAGGCUGCAGGGAGGGCCCAGGAUCCAGCUGGGAGGGUGGGGUCCCCCUGUUGCCAAGAAAAUGUCAGGAAAGUGAGGGAAGUGCUUGGAGCAGAAGAGGCUUGUGGGUCCCUAGCCAAACUGCCCUCCUGCUGUCCCCCAGGGACAGAUGACAGGCAUGCCUCAGAUCCUGUACCCCUGAGGGGCAAAGAUGGCAGAAGGGGCCCUUUGUCAUCAUCAAUGAUGCAGGGUGGCUGGGGCCAGGAGUUUGGACCCUCCAGGUCCUGGGGCAGUUGGGCAAUACCAGAUGUCUGAGUGGUUCUCUGCAGACCCUUCCCCUUCUCAAGGACCACCCUUCCUCCUUUCAUCUUUCUUUUGGGGGCAGAGCAACCCAGGAGCCAGCCGAGAAGGCUCUUAAGGAAACAGACCCUGGAAUGGCCUGUGCUCAAAGCAAGGCCGGGUUUGUGUUCUCUCCUGCCACAGGGGCCACAUGCCCAGAGGCCACACUUCUGCUUCCCGCCUGCCUCUGCACAGCUUUCGGGGCAGGGAGAGGCCCACUCAGGGUCGCAGGCAGGCUGGCCUGUAUGCCACUGUGGUAUCUUGGCCCACCAGCCCUACAGUUGUGCUUUUUGCUCGUAGCUGCUGUGCUGAGUUGGGGUACCAGUGAGAGGUGAGGGCACCUCCCUUACUAUUUAAGGAAUGCUGAAGACAAAGGGCCAACCUUCUGUUGGAGGCAGGAAGGAGGUGCUCCAGGGAGCUCCUGGGUCAGGGCCUCUGUCCUGAUGGACUUCCUCUCCUUUUGUCUCCAGGUCUGGAGGCCUGGUAGGGCUGAGCAAGAGCUGGCUUUGGGAGUGUUGUGAAGAAGUGGGAGCAGAGAUCAUGAAUAGCUCAGGACAGUAAAUGGGUGCUCUGAGAGCAGGGCCGUGGAGGAGGCUUUGGCUAGGGCUGCCUCAGCCUCUCCUCUCAGGCUGGAAGCAUGGUGGGCCUGGGGGAUGGAUCUCUUUCCUGCCUUCCCCACUCCAGUGCUGGCCUAUCUCCAGGGCUAUGCUUGGAGGAGUAGGCCUCAUGCCUCCCUCCUUGAAGACAGCAUGUUUUAGGAAAACCUGAGGGCAGUGGGGUCACCCCACCCCUAAUUCUUGGCAGAGACUGAGACGCAAGCAUCACUUAAUAAAGACCCCAAGCUCA